AUGGAUAACGAAGCAUUUGCUUCGAAUAUAAAUAAUUCGGAUUCACAAAUAUUUAAAAAUAUUAAAUAUUAUGUUGCUGGAGAUGUACCGGAGAAGGUACAAGACAUCCUACGUAAUGGCGGUGCAGAAAAAUUAUGUUACUUCAGUGAUUUUGUAACUCAUAUGAUAUGUGGCAAAGAAGCAACAGAAGAUGAUUUAAGUUCAGCACGAGAACUGUAUGAAAUUCCAGCUAUACGAUGGCAAUGGGUACUAGCUUGUGCAAAACUCAACAAACUGUUGGAUACAAGAGGAUUUAUUGUAUCCGAAACACAUCUUUUCUACAAAUUGAUAUUCUCAUUUUCGAACGUAACAGCACAUGAUCGUAAUCUUUUAUGGUCAUUGAUUACGUAUAACGGCGGGAUCGUACAAUUGAAUUUUGAUAGCAAUUGUACCCAUUUGAUUACCACCGUAGCAAAAGGUGCGAAAUAUGAAAAAGCUUUAAAAUGUGAUACAAUUAAAGUUGUUACACCUGAUUGGUUGUUAAAUACUAUAAAUAGUAAACAAAUUGCUCCAUACGAUGCGUAUCAUCCACGAAAACUUGUAAUACCACCUCCGCCACCUCCUCCUCAGCCGCCACAGCCUUCACCACAGGUUACAACCUCGCAAGUAACUACUGAAAUUCCGACUACACCAACAGCUCAAAUCACUGGAUUUGAACCGACUGAAUUACCUACAACUUCAACAUCUAAUCAAGCCAUUUUAGAUCAGCUAAAGCAACGAAUGCCAUGGAAUCAACAAACAACUACUGCUUCAUUACCAACUUUACCAUCGAAUCAAUCUCGACCAUUGAUGCCAUCACCACAACAACAUCAAAGAAACUUUCAACUUAUAUCAUCAAACCAACCUCAGUUUACGGCAGCUGUUACUACAGCUAUUGCUAAUAUGACACAACAAAAAGCAGCUCUGUUGAAUCAACAAUCGUUACAAAAUAAAAUCAAUCAACAAUUGCCAACCUCAAUUCAACAAGCUACAACGCAACAAAUAUUAACUACAAUGAGUAAUCAAAUUCAACAUUUAAAACAACAACAAUUGCAGGCACAAGCAGCAAAUCAACAGCAAUUGCAGGCUAAUCAACAGCAAUUAUUACCACAAUUACAAGCGACUCAACAAAAUUUGAUAUCACAAAGUAAUCAAUUACAACAGCAAAGUUUAAAUCAAAUUCAACAAAAUUCAAGUUCACAACAAAUAUUAAAUCAAUCAAAUCAAAUUCAACAACAAACUCUAAAUCAACAAAGUCAGCAACCAAGUCAAAUGCAACAAAAUUUAAUUCAGCAGAAUCAAAUUCAACAAAAUCAAUUAUUACAACAAAGUUUAAAUCAAGCUAUUAAUCAACAAGCAUUGAAUCAACAAAAUCACCAAACAUUGAAUCAGCAAAAUCAACAAUCAUUGAAUCAGCAAAAUCAACAAGCUUUGAAUCAACAAAACCAACAAUCAUUGAAUCAACAAAAUCAACAAACACCAAAUCAACAAAAUCAACAGACACUUAAUCAACAAAAUCAACAGACACUGAAUCAACAAAAUCAACUUCAGCAACAGCAAGCUAUUAAUCAACAAAAUCAACUUCAACAACAACAAAGUAUUAAUCAACAAAAUCAACUUCAGCAACAACAAGUCAUUAAUCAACAAAAUCAACAGCAACAACAAAGUCAACUUCAACAAGCUAUUAACCAACAAAAUCAACUUCAACAACAAGCCCUUAAUCAGCAUAAUCAACUUCAACAACAACAAGCACUUAAUCAACAAAAUCAACUUCAACAGCAAGCUCUGAAUCAGCAAAAUCAACUUCAACAACAAAAUUUAGUAAAUCAACAAGUUAUUAAUCAACAAAAUAUCAUUUUAAAAACCUCUCAAGGUCUCCCAACAUCCGUGUCAUCUCAAUUAUUACAAUCGCAAAUGGUUAAUUCGUUUCAACGCUCUCAAUUACAAGGGGGCAACACAGUACAUCAUCAGUUACAAUCGAAUCAACAUUUACAAGCUGGAUUACAGAGACAACAUAUUCUUCAAACAAGUUUAGGUCAACAACAAUUACAACAGCAGCAACAAUUACAGCAACAGCUGCAACAACAGCAGUUGAUACAAACACAACAAUUAGAUAACCAACAAAAAUUAGCUGCAAGUAAUAAUAAUCAACUGUUGUUAAAUGAGAAUCAGCAACAGAAUUUUAUUACGAAAAAUCAACUACAACAAGAUGGAUCACAGCAUCCAGCAUUGCAAAAUCAAAAAAUUAUCAUGUCUUCAGCACAACAAAUCCAACAACAAUCAUCAAUCAGCACAUCCCAACAAAAUCAAUUGUUACAAAACAAUAACGUAAUACAACAUCAACAAAUUACAAGUGGUAUCGGUCAAUUACAAACAAAUCAACAACAAGCAAACCAAAAUCAACAAUCACAACAAGUGAUUACACAGAAUGUUGUUGGCGGAGCGACAGGUGUUCCUCCACCAAGAUUAGCCACGCCAUUACAACGGCAACAACAAUUACAUACUGCACAACAAAUUGCAUUAAAUAAGCAAAACAAUGAAGCAAUGAUUAAGCAACAACGAUUGUUGCAACAACAACAACAAUUACGUAUACAGCAAUUACAAAACUCACAAAAUAAUCAAUUUGUUGUACAGCAGCAAGGAACGAUUGUGAAUCGUCAACAAUUACCACCGGGUGCUGUGAAACCAGGCACGCCACAAUUCGUACAAGGGCAACCGCGUCCAAUUGGUUGGCAACAACAACAAACUCAAGUUGGUGGUCAACCUCAACAACAGAUACUGCUUCAACAUCGUCAAUCUGGUUUAGCGGGAGCAAUUCAAAGACCACCAGGGUGGGUGGGUCAACCAGGGCAGUUACCUCAAAGACAACUCAUACAAUUAGAUCCACAAACAAAUGCACAAUUACAACAAAUGGACCCACAACAAAGGCAAUUGUUUUUGCAGAAAAUUCAAAAACAACGACAAUUUAUAAUGCAGCGGCAGGUUUUGCAACAGCAACAGCAACAACAAUUUGCUGUGAUUCGAGGUCAAGUAGUAGCGGGGCAACCACAGAAUGGACAGUGGCCUCAAGGUGCACCUCGACCUACUCUUGUUGUACAACAAUCUCCUACAGCUACUGCUACACCGGCUUUACGGCUUCCAGUCAAAGUAGAGGAAUCUCCUCAAACAGAACAACCACCUCUGGUAGUGAAUGCAAAAACUAAAACUGCUUUAGCAAAUAUGCUGAGCAUACGAUUACAGAGUGGAGGGCCAGCUGUUGAAGGUGCCACCGUAAAUGAACCAUCUGCAGCGGGAACUUUAAGAUUAAUGACAGCUCAACAUAACGCAGCAUUACAGCAGCAACGCCGUACAUUAAACAAUGGUGUAGCAGUUCCUCCAGCUGGUGUUGGACCAGCACAAAUCCGUACACAGCCACAACCAGCGGCUCCAGUACCACAAACCCCACCCAUAACAGGACCACCUCGUGCACAUUUUUAUGGUCACAAUCCCAAUUUAAAAUUACCACCGAAUCUAUUCUUAUUAGGUUGUGUAUUCUUUGUUGUGGAAGUUGAAAAUUUCCUUAACAAAGAAUUUCCAACAUGGCAAAAUUCUAUACGUAAACAUGGUGGUGAAAUUGAAUCUGUUUAUUGUGGACGUGUAACGCAUGUGCUGUGUGAAUCACAAAAACAUGGUGUUGUGAUGCAAGCGUUACGUGAUACUAAACGUUGCGUCACAAUGUAUUGGUUGAAUGAUGUUAUUAAAAAGAAACAAGUGGCUCCUCCAUGGUUAGCAAUGCAUUUACCUACCUUAUAUCCAGAUGAAUCACCUGGUGCUCGACAUUUAAUUGCUACUUCAGGAUUUAAUGAAGAGGAUAAUACACAAAUCAAACUUUUGAUUAAUGCAAUUGGAGCUAGGUAUACAUGUUACUUUUCGAAACACAACACCGUACUAAUAUGUGCAAAACCAGAAGGUGAUAAAUUUAACUUAGCACGUAAAUGUGGAAUCCCAGUAUUAAAUGUACAAUGGUUAAGUGAUAUUAUGAUGGGAAAUUUAACAGCAUUAAAUCAAACUGAACAUGCACGGUAUCAACAAUUUAAUGUACCGAAUCCAUUUUCAAUUGAUUAUAGUUUAAAUCCUGCUCUAAUGCACGGAUGGAAAAUGCCGAUAAAUAUUACACAAGAAUCGUACGAACGAGUUAAACGUUCUGCAUCACCAGUUAAUCCACCGAAACCGAAGAAACCUAAAAUUGAAAGUACUAGCAAUGUUCUACGUGAUGGACCCGAACCAAGAGUUUUAUUCUCACAAAUAUCAAAUGUUGUAGAAUAUGAAAAUAUUGUGGCGCGUCUUGGAGGCUCAAUAGCAACAUCAGCAAAAACCGCAACACAUCUUGUAAUGCCAAAACUAUCACGUUCAUACAAACUUAUCCAAUGUGUAGCAAAAGGUGCGCAUAUUGUCCCUGAAUCGUGGUUAAAAGAUUCCUCAACAGCUAAUAAAUUUGUUAGCGAAUCAAAUCAUACAUUUCAUAACAUCGAUGAUUUUAAUCGUUCAUUCAAUUGUGAUUUUAAUAAACUUAUGUUGUGUACAGAUCGUGAUAAAUUAUUUAAAAAUAAAAUAUUUUAUUUAACACCAAGUGUAUUCCCACCUAGACAAUUCUUAAAAGAUAUGAUUGAAUUAUCUGGUGGUAUUGUUGAAAAUACACGACGAACGUUUACACAAAUUGAAGAAUUGAACACAGCAUCGCCACAUUGUUAUUCAAUUAUUACCGAUAAGGAUGAUUUACAUUUGAUAAAUGAUUGUUUGGUACAUGCAAAUUCUGGUAAAUCGAGUAUUGUAUUUACUACAGAACUUAUAUUAAGUGGGAUACUGAAACAGCAAUUACUAUUUAAUGAAUUGAAAUUUGCUGUAGUUAUUUUAACGAAAUAA